GGAAACUACAAUGACCCCGUGCCGUUCACGAACGAGUCUUCCGACGCCCUCUACCGCGUGCAGGCGCUCACGUACCUUCAGUAUCUGGACAGGCUGCUCGUCGAGAUGUUGCGGAUACUGAAGCCGGACGCCAAGCUGUCCUUCCUCGACUGGUUCAAGCUUGACAGCUACAGGCCUGCUCAAGGAGAUCAAGGCGGUGAUCGGCGGGAGUACACCGAGGCCCUGGAGCGGGCAGGCUUCGGGGUGAUCUCCAGCGCGGAACUGAUGGAGCGAUACUUCGUGGCCGCGGAGUCCGUGGUCUCCUUCCUGACCGACUGGAAAGUCAUCCCCGGCCACUUGAAGAUUCUGCUGGAGCGGCUCAACGAGGGCGGCGCGUCGUGCGUGGAGUCGGACAAGCUGAGACUCUCACCACCAGCUGGCAGGUCGUAG